CACAACAUCUGGCGAAACACGAUACUGUGAUGUAUGUGACCAAAAUGUUGCGAAUGUUAACUGGUCACAUCAUUUACGGACAAACUUACAUAAACAAUUAUCUAGCGUGCAAAUAAAUGCUAACUUAAAAUGUGUGAAAAGUGUAUUUAAUAGUCGAAUUGAAACAUAUAUAAUUCAAAAUAUGAACAAAAGUAGUUUAAACAUUACAUUAUUUUUCCAAUCAAUCGAUGAACAGGUGAAACAAUUAUUAAAAGAUGCAUUGCAAAAACAUGUUAAUAUAAAAUUUAAUUUUGAACUAUUUUGCAACUACGUUUUAAUUAAAGAAAGUGAAGACGAUUGCAAAAUUGAACUUAAAUCACACCAAACUAAAAUGAAUACAUUGCAUUCAACAAUGGGUGAUAACGAUGAGACUUUAAAUGAAAUGAUUAAUAAUUUAUAUAAUUAUAUAAAAAAUGAAAUGAGUGAAUUUCAAGAACGAGACAGCGGUUGGUCAUUAACUGAAAUCAUGCAUUUAGAAGUGAACAUAAAUAAAUACCAACCUCUAAGAGGUACAAAUUACAUUUGUUUACCUCAGCAAAUAUUAAAGAGAAAUGCAUGUGUCAAUGUGAAAAAUAAUGAUGUAUAUUGUUUUAAGUGGGCAUUAAUAUCAGCCUUAUUUGACAUCAAUAACGAUCACAAAGAAAGAGUUUCUCUAUAUCAAAAAAAAGGAAUUCACAACAUUCAACAAGAUACAUUUAUUAUAAAUAACACAACAUUAAAUUUUAGUGGAUUGGAAUUUCCCACAUCGGUUAAUAGCAUUAAAAUAUUUGAAGACAAUAAUCCUGAAAUAAGUAUAACUGUUUUCGGAUUGGAUACAGAUGACACCACAAUAAUCGGACCAUAUUAUUUUACCAAGAAUAAAACCACUAAUGUAUUAUACAACAUAUAUUUGUUGCUGCUCGAAAAGGAAGAUAAAUGUCACUAUGUUUGGAUUAAAAAUAUUUCAAGAAUGCUGAAAAAACAAUUGACGAAACAUAAUGGAAAAAUGUAUUUAUGCCGCACAUGUUUACAACAUUUCCAUGAUGCCAACAAACUGGAGCAACAUAGCCUGGAGUGUAAUAAAAUUGUAACUGAGAUGCCUCAAGCUGGUAAUGAAGAUUCGAUAUUAAAAUUUAAAAAUUACAAAAACAAUUAGACGUUCCUUUUGUAGUAUAUGCUGAUUUCGAAUGUAUAUUAGAAGAGAUAAAUAUUAAAAAAUCAGAUAAUAUUAAUCUAAUUCAAAAGCAUAUACCAUAUGC